GCCGGGCGGGGGGGGGUGUCGGGCGCGGGGUCUGCGGGAGAGUACGUAAGGGUGGGCGCGGGCGCAGGGCAGGAAAGCAGGCGGGGGGGCGGGCAGGAGGGCGUGGCGGGCGUGCAGCCCCCUGCUCGGCCCAGCUCCCCGCGGAGCCCCCCCAGCUCGCAGCGGGGCACGACCUGCCCGGCCCAGAGACCUGGGGCCCCGUUUGCGGGGCCUGGGCUACGGGGAAGCCGCGGGGCCGCGGGAGGUUUGCAGCCGCCUGCCUGCCUGCCUGCCUGCGGGAGCUGCGUGUGCUCUGGCUGGAGCCCCAGCGCCGCAGCAAGGAGCAGGUCGCGGUGAGGGUGAAGGGCGAGGAGGGGCCCUCCGACGAGAUGCAGCCCCCGGGGGCCCUGCAGGACCCUGGUGAUCCCCGGCGGGAGCAGCCCAGCACCCGUGGUGCGGACAGGCCUCUGGACCAGCCACCUCCCGGCCCCAGAGACGAGCCCCUGCCCCCCCAGCAACCAGGUGCUGGGACCCUGCCGAGAGCUGAGCAGCAGCCUGCUGAGGAGGGGCCGGUGAUCCUGGAGCUGCAGAGGACGUGCACAGGGAGCCUGGAGGAGAGGAGCUCCCUCACCCCUGAGCCAGGCCAAGUGCAGAAGGGGCAGGGCAGGCCUCCAAAGCAGGAGGAGAGCUCGGAGCUCCGGGAGGUGUUUGAGGACGUGGCUGUGUAUUUCACAUGGAAGGAGUGGGAGCUGCUGGAUGAUGACGACAAGGUGCUUUACCAGGAGCAGAUGCUGAAGAAUUACCAAGCCCUUGUUUCCCUGGGCUAUCGAGGUCCCACACCUGACUUAAUCUGCAGCAUCCAGCAAGGACGGGUGGAUCUUUGGACCUGUGCUGAUGAGGACUGUGGGGAAAUGUCAAGAUGGGAGGACCUGGUGCCAGGAGGUGCCUGGCUGCUGAGCAGAGCUGAGGAGCAGCCUCCUGUGGAAGAGUCUGCAGACAUGGAGCCAGCACAGAGUGCCCCAGGGAGUUUGGGUGAGAUGGACUCCCUGAGACCUGAGAAGGAGCGAUGCUACGAGAGUCAGGGGAGGCCCCAAAAGCAGAAGCAGAAGGAGAAGGACCGGUGCAUCCCCCGAGGGAGGAUCACUCACCACUGCACUGAGUGCCGGAAGAAUUUCACCUGCUUGCAAGACCUGUCCCAGCAUGAGUGUGUGCGGAAGCACUGCACCAAGUGUGGGAAGAGAUUCAGACAGCUCUCCAAUUUGGCGAGGCACUGGUGCAUGCAAAAAAAGGAGAAGCCGCAUCAGUGUUCAGACUGUGGGAAGACCUUCGCUCACUCCUCCAGGCUGGCUCGGCACCAGCGUAUCCACACAGGGGAGAAGCCACAUAAGUGUUCAGAGUGUGGGAAGAGUUUCAGUCACUCCUCCACCCUGGCUCAGCACCACCGUAUCCACACAGGGGAGAAGCCCCAUCAGUGCUCAGAGUGUGGGAAGAGCUUCACUCACUCCUCCACCCUGGCUCAGCACCACCGUAUCCACACAGGGGAGAAGCCCCAUCAGUGCUCAGAGUGUGGGAAGAGCUUCACUUUCUCCUUCCACCUGGCUCGGCACCAGCGUAUCCACACAGGGGAGAAGCCACAUAAGUGUUCAGAGUGUGGGAAGAGUUUCAGUCACUCCUCCCAGUUGGCUGAACACCAGCGUAUCCACACAGGGGAGAAGCCACAUCAGUGCUCACAGUGUGGGAAGAGCUUCACUCACUCCUCCACCCUGGCUCAGCACCACCGUAUCCACACAGGGGAGAAGCCCCAUCAGUGCUCAGAGUGUGAUAAGAGCUUCACUUUCUCCUCCCAGCUGGCCCAGGACCAGCGUAUCCACACAGGGGAGAAGCCAUAUCAGUGCUCCGAGUGUGGGAAGAGCUUCACUCAGGCCUCCACCCUGGCUCGGCACCAGCGUAUCCACACAGGGGAGAAGCCCCAUCAGUGCUCAGAGUGUGGGAAGAGCUUCACUCACUCCUCUACCCUGGUUCUGCACCAGCGUAUCCACACAGGGGAGAAGCAACAUCAGUGCUCACAGUGUGGGAAGAGCUUCACUUUCUCCUUCCACCUGGCUCAGCACCAGCGUAUCCACACAGGGGAGAAGCCACAUCAGUGCUCACAGUGUGGGAAGAGCUUCACUAGGUCCUCCCACCUGGCUCGGCACCAGCGUAUCCACACAAGGGAGAAGCCACAUCAGUGCUCACAGUGUGGGAAGAGCUUCACUCGGUCCUCCCACCUGGCUCGGCACCAGCGUAUCCACACAGGGGAGAAGAUACAUCAGUGUUCAGAGCGUGGUAAGAGUUUCAGUUACUCCUCCUACUUGGCUGAACACCAGCGUAUCCACACAGGGGAGAAGCCCCAUCAGUGCUCAGAGUGCGGGAAGAGCUUCACUUACUCCUCCGAGCUGGCUCUGCACCAGCGUAUCCACACAGGGGAGAAGCCCCAUCAGUGCUCAGAGUGCGGGAAGAGCUUCACUUACUCCUCCUCCCUGGCUCAGCACCACCGUAUCCACACAGGGGAGAAGCCCCAUCAGUGCUCAGAGUGUGGUAAGAGCUUCACUUUCUCCUCCCACCUGGCCCAGCAUCAGCGUAUCCACACAGGGGAGAAGCCAUAUCAGUGCUCAGACUGUGGGAAGAGCUUCACUCAGGCCUCCACCCUGGCUCAGCACCACCGUAUUCACACAGGGGAGAAGCCCCAUCAGUGCUCACAGUGUGGGAAGAGCUUCACUCACUCCUCCUCCCUGGCUCGGCACCAGCGUAUCCACACAGGGUAGAAGCCACAUCAGUGCUCACAGUGUGGGAAGAGCUUCACUCUCUCUUCCAUCCCGGCUACGCACCAGUGUAUCCACUGAAGGGUGAAGCCAACCUCAUCAGAACUGAGCACCACCAGGUGCCAGCUGCCCCUCCUGCCCUCCUUCCCUCCAUGCCAUUUUCUAGAGCAGCUUCUUUUGUAAUCAAGCCCAACAAUUUAAUGCGAUCGCACUGUUGUGGAUCUCUACAUCCUCUCAAGACCUAUGAAAUGUGAUAGUAGAGGGCAAGGAGGUGCAGGCUGUGACGUGUCCUGUCUCUUGUCUGGAAGGGUGGGGAAAGAAUGAAGGCAUCCUCUGGGUGAAAUUAAGCAUGUUGUAAUCUCCCUUGGGAAUACUGAGGCUUUCCUCCUUGUGCAAAAGCAAUCUGACUCCAUGCGUAUCCUGUAGGAGGUCUUCCACAAUGUUCAUUACCCAUCCUGCAGAAAAGGCCCUGGUGGUUAAAGUGGGCAGUAAGCUGACUAUGAGCCAGCAGUGUACUCUUGUUGCCAAGAAGGCUAAUGGCAUACCCCAGUAUGGACAUUUAUAGGAGUGUUGCUAGUAGCUCAAGGGAAGUGACUCUUCCCCUCUAUUUGGCACUGGAGAGGGCACGUGUGGAGUUGUGUGUCCAGUUGUGGGCCCCAAUACAGAAAGGAUGUGGAUGCAGGGAAGAGUCCAGCAGAGGGCAGAAAAAGUGGUGAGAGGGCUUGGGAACAUAACUUAUGAGGAGAGGCUGUGGGAAAUGGACUUAUUUCAGAGUAUCAUAGUUUCCUAGUAGCUAGGGUUGGGAGGGACCUGAACAGAUCAUGUAGCCUGACCCCUGCCGCAGGCAGGAAUGAAUGCUUCUUUCACAAGACCCCAGACAGGUGAUCGUCCAACGUCCUCUUGAACAUGCCCAAGGUAGGGGCGAGGACCACUUCCCUGUGAUGUUGGUUCCAGAUUUUGGCCACCCUAGCUGUAAAAUAUUGCCUUCUGAUCUCUAACCUAAACCUAUUCUCCAUCAGCUUAUUACCAUUGUUCCUCGUCACCCCAGGUGGUGCUGGGGAGAAAAGGGCUCUGCCUAUUUGCUGUUGAUCCCCCCCGAUGAGCUUGUAGGCAGCCACCAGGUCCUCCCUCAGUCUCCUCUUGCUGAGGCUGAACAGGUUCAGGUCCUUCAGUCUCUCCUCAUAGGGCCUGUCCUGCUGCCCUCUCACCAAGCGGGUGGCCCUGCUAUGAACCCUCUCCAGGCUGGACACAUCCCUUUUGAAGUGCGGCACCCAGAACUGGACACAGUACUCCAACUGUGGCCUGACCAGUGUCACAUAGAGGGGGAGGAUCACCUCUCUGGACCGGCUUGAGAUGCACCUUUGGAUGCAUGACAAGUUGUGGCUGGCCUUGCUGGCUGCGGUCUGGCAUUGGGGGCUCAUGUUCAUCUUGCAGUCAGUAAUGACUUCAAUAUCCCUUGCUGCCUCUGUGCUUUCAAGAGGGGAACUCCCCACCCUGUAUGUGUGCUGUGGAUUCCUUCUCCCCAGGUGCAGCACCCUGGACUUGUCUGUGUUGGACCCCAUCCUAUUCUCAUCUCCCUACUUUUUUGUUGUCUGUCUAAAUCUAGUCACAGCCUCUCUCUCCCUUCAAGUGUCCACCUCGCCCCACAUCUUAGUGUCAUCAGCCAACUUGGACAGCAUGCUUUGCACCCCCUCGUCCAAUUUACGGAUGAAAAUGUUAAACAGUGCGGGCCUGAGGAAAGAGCCCUGGGGGACCUCACUGCUCAUAUCUUACCAGGGUGAGGACAACCCAUCCACCACUACUCUGGGUGUGCCCCAUCAGCCAAUAUUUUACCCAUCCUACUGUGCAGGCAAUGAUGCCACAGUCACUUAAUUCAUUGAUGAGGAUGGGGUGAGAGACAGUGUCAAAGGCCUUCUUAAAGUCUAGAAAGACUAUGUCCACAGCGACACCAUCAUCCAAGGAUUUAGUUACUUGGUCGUAAAAGGCAAUCAGUUUGGUCUGGCAGGACCUGCCUUUGGUGAAGCCAUGCUGAUUGCCCCCAAGCAUGAUCUCCGCUGCCGGCCUCCCACAGAUGUGCUCCUUGAUGAUCCCCACCGAGAGAUUCCCGAGCACCGAGGUGAGGCUUACAGGCCUAUAGUUACUCAGGUCCUCCUUCCUCCCCUUCUUGAAAAUUGGGACCACAUUAGCCUGUUUCCAAUCCCCCGGCACCUGGCCAGAUGACCACGAAUGCUCAUCUAGCUGGGCCAAAGGCUCCGUGAUGACCCCUGCCAGCUCCCUCAACGCCCUUGGGUGGAGGGCAUGUGGACCUGCAGAUUUAAAAAUGUCUAGCCCUUCCAGAAGAUCCCUAACUACAUCUGCACUGACUGAAGGCUUGAUAGAGCUAUCCCCAAGGUUGUCCCUACCUCUGGUAGGUGGGAUAUCCCUGUCCCUGUUCAAGAAAACAGAGGCAAAGAAACUUAAAAAUAUCAGCUUUCUCUUCUGGCGUGGCCACCAGAUUACCAUUUGUGUCUUGCAGGGGCUCUACAUUGCCUGGUGCCCUCUUCUUGCUCCCAAUGUACUUGAAAAAAGACUUUUUGUUGUCCUUAAUCCUGGACGCUAGCCUGACCUCCAUCUCUGCCUUGGCCUUCCUAACAGCCUUCAAACACUCCCGAGCUGAGGCAAAGUACUCCUCCUUGGUGAUAGUUCCUCCCUUCCACUGGUUGUACGCCCCGCGUUUAGUCCUCAGGCUUUGCUGAAUUCCCCUGCUGAGCCAAGGGGGUUUCUGAGCGCUCUUACCCCCUUGCUUCUCUCAGGGACUGUUAUCCUUUGGGCCUGCAGGAUCGCCCCCUUAAGGUACGACCAUCCCUCGUAGGCUCCCAUCUUGUCUCCCUUCUGGGCCCUUAGUGCCUGCCCCACUAGUCUAAGCCCAUUGAAGUUGUUUUCUCAUUUAGUCUGGAGAAAAGAAUACUGAGGGAGGCUUGAAGGGCAGCCUUCAACUCCCUGCAGGAGGGUUCAAAAGAGGAUGGAGCUGGGCUGUUCUCAGUGGUGGCAGAUGCCAGAACAAGGAGCAACAGGCUCAAGUGGGAGUAAGGGAAGUUUAGGUUGGGUAUUUGAAGUAUUUUCUUACUAGAAGGGUAGUAAAACACUGGAAUAGGUUACCCAGAGAGGUAAGUGGUGGAAGCUUUAUCCUUGGAAGUUUUCAAAACCUGUCUAGACAAAGGUUAGUCUGGGAUGAUCUAUUUGGAGAUGGCCCUGCUUUGAGCAGGGGGUUGGACUAGAUGACCUCCUGAGGUACCUUCCAACCCUCAUUUUCUAUGGCUCUUUAGAGGCAUGCCUGUUCUCUACAUUUGGGAGUAUUGGUUAUAGCCCUGUUGGUCUUCCCUGACAUAUAUUUGUGUUUUCACAGACCUGCAUUUUGCAUAUCGUCUUAAGUUUCUAUUCCACUCAGGAGAGCCCACAAACACCAGCAUAAUCAUCCUGACUGAAGAAGGGUGUUUGUGCCCAAAAGCUUGUACAGAACUAUUAUUCCAAUGAUUUAGUUGAUCUAAUAAAAGAGGUCAAGUUUGCCCAAAGAA